AUGGCAGAACGCAUUCUCAUGAACGAAUUCAAGGGCCUCCUCAAAGAGAAAUGGGUGCACGUCGAGUUACACGAUGACGACAUCUUCAACUGGGACGUUGCCUUGAUUGUCAUCAAUCCUGAUUCCAUGUACUACGGCGGCUACUUCAAAGCCUCGAUGACUUUUCCCUCCAACUACCCAUACGCCCCACCAAAGUUCCGCUUCUUGAACCCCAUUCACCAUCCCAACAUCUACACUGAUGGCAAACUGUGCAUCUCCAUCCUCCACCCACCCGGCGAGGAUGAAAUGUCGGGUGAGCUAGCUUCCGAGCGCUGGUCCCCGGCCCAACGCGUGGAAUCCGUCCUGAUCUCCAUUAUCUCCCUUCUCGACGAUGCCGAACCCUCCUCGCCCGCCAACGUCGAUGCCGCUGUCUUGCUACGCAAUGAGCCUGACGUAUACCGCCAGCUCGUCAAAGCCGACGUCGAUGCCUCCAAGCUCGAUGUUCCCGAAGGCUUCAAUAUGCCCACCCACGACACACCUGCCCGCGAACCCGUUGAAAAGGAAGAUCAUGACUUCUGGGCUGAUAGCGAUGCCGACAGCGAUGUGUUCGGCGGCAGUGACUCGGAUGAUGAUCUUGACAUGGAGCAGUCGAGCGGCAGCGAUAUGAAUGUGGAUGAUGAUUCGGCUGAUGACUCGACUGAUGAGACAGAGACAGAGGUGAAGCCCAAGAUGAACGCAUAA